AGAUUGCGCUAGAGACUAGAGUAAAAGAACAAUCCAAUCCAGUGCUUGAGAAUGGAUUCUUUUGUCACAGUACGACUGGUACGACCGUACGACGCGAGGACCCGAGCUGAACUUGCGUGAAAUACAGGGGAGUUCCCCUGUUAAUAAUAACUGUGCCAUUUCAUGUUGUGUCUGCAUCCUUGCAUCGGUCAUACGGAUACUGGAAACAUUGUGCCCACUUUGACAGGCUUCCCAACUUUGGAGCCCGGAGGUCGACUGGGAUCUCAUCUGCUUUUGGACGGACACCGGGAGGGAGUGCACAGUGUGAAGGAGGAGCCGCUUCACAGUCCGGCCUCCAGACCCGAAGGCGAGGGCUUCGACAGGGGGGACAGCAGCAGCCAGCCUGACUGCCAGGAACUUGUACGAGAUGGUGGGCGCCCACACCCAGAAGGCAGGGAGUACCAGUGCCUCCUGUGCCCCUACUCCAGCUACCUGAAAACUAACCUGACCAGGCACGAGAAGACGCACACGGGAGAGAAGCCGUUCAAGUGCAGCACCUGCCAGCAGACGUUCUCGCAGAAGGCCCAUGUGAGGCACCACCAGUGGGUCCACACGGGCGAGAGGCCGUUCUCGUGCGGCAUCUGCCACAAGACCUUCAUCCAGAAGGUGCACCUGACGGCCCACGGGAGGGUUCACACGGGCGAGAAGCCUUACCGGUGCGGCACGUGCGGGAAGGUGUUCUCUGAGAGGAGCUCGCUGACGGCUCACUCGAGGCUGCACACAGGCGAAAGGCCGUUCACGUGCGGCGUGUGUGGGAAGGGGUUCCCGCAGAGCUACUCCCUCAAGAUCCACCUGAUCAAGAGUCACGCUAGGGACGGACCCGCAAUGCCUCACGAAGACGUCGGCACUGACAGUUUGCCCCCCUUCCUCUAGUUCCCCUUAGGAUUGGUACAAGUGAAGGGAAUCACUAGAAGGGCAUUUAUGGUCUAAACCUUUUUUUUUGCGUACAUAUUUCUUUUUCUUAAUUGUCACAGAAGAAAUGACUGGUUAUUACUAGGUGUAGAGCUUGGCACUGUAGUCACUGUCGGGAUGAGAACAGCGGGGAGGUUUUUCACUCGUCCCGCCACCAGUGCAGGCUUCCUACCUUCCACGACACUUUGAUGUAUAGCGAGCUGUGAGCAUGCGCACGCUGCCAAAGCAUGGCGGGAGAGAACGGGUGCUUGCUGGAGGCGUCCGAAAGAGAUGCCCUGCCAUUCUACUCCCGUCGGGGACUAUACUCCAUUUCACGAUAACUCGGCGAACUGCGGAGGCUACGGUCAACGCGACUCGACUGGGGCGUUGGAGCAAGGCACGUGACACCACUUGACGUGACCGUUCGUGUCACUGCACCAAAUGCGAGAGCCGGAGGAGUUGGCCGUCGCCUGCUUUCCAAGUGUCGUUUGCUGCGAAACCAACCAACUUCAGAUGAACGUGUACUGCCGCAACGUUGUCGUCUGCUGGAGUAGAGAGUGCUUCGCAAACAGUUCAUGAGAACCCAUAUGCUCAAUUUAACCGUGAAUCUGUAACGAGUGGUAAUGCCUGGUCGAUGUUUGGAGUGGCAGCGGUCGAUUACAAGAUUGGGAUCGUUCGAAACCCACAUUCUUUGCGGAAAAGAGGUGAUCCGAGUGGAAAUAUUGUUGAAAUGAAACAAAUUUAUGUCUUUCUUCCGUGUCGUGUACUGUUGCAGUCAGAAGAGUCUGUGAUAAACGUGACUUGGGUACAAGAAAUGUUAUCGCGCUAGUUGCUUUUACGCAUCAUGUGGCUCUUAUAUUACGGCGCUCACCUGUCCCGCGCAAGUGUUUGGGUAGUGCAAUUGGUUGAACAGCGGACUAGACAUUUGCAAUUCCAGAAGUUCAAAUUGCAUUACUGUUCUUUUUUUUUUGUUUUUUUUUACAUUUUUAGAUUUAAUAACGUUAAAUAUUUACACCAUCAUCCGGUGCUUUUCUAUGUUUUGGUUCGCAAAAAGACAAAAGACUGUCGCAUUUUCCUUUUUUGUUUAUUUGAUGUUGCCUUCAGAAACAUGCGCAGGUUGACCUGCACAAGCUACUUUUGUUCCAAGUGCUUGCUUGUAUUUAUUAUUUUGUUGACUUCCGAAUAUCAUUCCGAUAAUAAUAACUGCAGAAGACUGGUAAAUAUCAACAACUUGCGGAAGAGUGAUUUUCCAGGCACGGGUUUGGAAGAGGAAUAGAAUCGAAAUGUGAGCAUUUAGGUACUCCCUGUUGCAAAUUGUUUUCAGUUUAUUCCUGGUUGUGCAGGUUUGGGCAGAACAAAGUUGAACUUGAGAGUUGCCUUGAAAGUAGAGUUAUCUUUUUGUACAUAGUCCUGUGCUCAGAUACCUUUCGGAGUUGAGUAUUUCAGCUUUUCUCCUAUAAAUGAGACAAAUCCAUAUCAAGAGAAGCAUAGCCACGAUGUGACAAACUAGAGACACGUGUGGCAUUGCACUCGCAGUUGCUCCGUUUUCAAUAAGUUAGUGGCUCUGAAAGAGCCGUUUCAAAAUAGUAAAGCCAGACUGUCUCCUGUAGUGCCGAUUGGCACAGCUCCUUGCUAAUGUCUCCAUUACCAAGAUCCCCAGCCCAGGUGAUCACUUGAGUCGUCUGUGGUGGAAUCUUCACACAACUGCAUCACAACGCUCUCCGUCAUUUCUGCCCAAGCCAUACAGUUCCCACAUCCUCUUCUCAGCAGUCAAGUUGUACUUCACGUAAGCCACCCAGUUGUCUGGAGUUGUCUUGGCAGCAGGCAGGAGAGCUUCAACAUCUUUAAGCUUGAACGUCAUAUUCAGGCUUGCAGCAAGCCGCUUGACCCAACUCCAGACGAGCUCCAUAGGGUUGAGCUGGCAGUGGUACGGUGGCAGACGAAGUAUGUGUCCAUGCUGCUCAGUGAUUGAAUCAAUGCGAUACACGUCAAGGCCGGUUCUCGGGCUCCUCCCCUUGGCGACGAGCUCCAGCAGUUCAGCAUUUUCGGGCACCACUGAAUGGUGUGGGUGGUCAGCCAGGACUGCAAUUCCUCCGGCGCGCGGCUCGUAAGGGAGGCAUGCAGCUUGACCAAGUGGCAGGAUGCAUUGUCCAUCACAAUCACGCUGUUGGGCUUCAGGUUGGGUAGCAACCUGCAGACAAACCACGCUUCAAAAUGUUUCCCAUCCAUUUCUCGAUGGUAGUCGCCAAAGCCCUUCUUAGUGCAGAAGACUCGAUCAGCACCGUGGAUGAACCCAUCUUCGCUGCCAGCAUGCACGAUGAUGAGGCACUCUCCCUUUCCAGACGAAUUCUUUACCUUGUGUCCUCUCACGAAGGCAUCUUGUGCAGACUGCACGGUAGUGUUCUCCCAUGCCUAUGAGGAGACGAAAAUCGGGAGCGAAUAUGGAUGUGGUAUCACUUUUUUGGUUUAAGGAUAGCCUAAACUUAUAAAUCUAUUAAUAUUCCCCUCUUAUUCUCGAUAUAACCUCGAUAGUGAUGGGAUCGCGUGAGUUCAAUUGCCGUUAAAAGAAAGUCAAGCAUAGAACUGCUUAUUGUCGCGGACGGCGCUGUUGCUGUGGCGGUAACGAGGCCCCACAGCCUCCCUGUCCUCCCUGUGCCGCGCUUCUGUACAAGGUUGUCGCGUGCCUCGCUUGGGCGCUCUUGUUGGGUUACGGUGGCCGCAGCCUCUUCAGUUGGCCAAGUUAUCCAGACACAGAGUAUAGAGUAAAUGUCGGUACGGUCAUCACGUUUGGCAGGUCACCUAGUGGACCAGAGAGCCUGCCUCUCCUGUUUCCGUUUCUCAACAGGGGAGCUCCAAGUACAUCCUCCAGUGAUUUGAAGUACCCCGUUGCAGUAUGCCGCAUUAUUGAGCAAUCUCAUUGAAGUACCCCGUUGCAAUGGUGCCGCAUUAUUGGAGCAAUCUCAUUGAAUGAAGCGUGUAAUUCAUUAGACUCAAGUGCACUCGUUGGGCUUUGGCUACUUUGCAUUGCCCUAUGCCAGAACAUACUUGGAUCUGUCUAGUGUGCAGAGUGGCAUUGCCAGCUGCUGUCUUGAUUACACUGUCCGACCCUUCUCUCCACGGCUCGGUCAACCUUUGAACUAUGCCAAGUUGAAGUCCGGAAUUAAUGCGGUCCACGAAUAUUCAGAUGUGCACUCUACAUGGCAGUUACACACGUGUGCUACCAGGUUGUAAAAUCCAUACCUGGACCAAAGCUGACCACAACAAGGCACUUCAGACCUCCCUGGUGUGCUCUCACAAUUCGGCGGCUGCUUUUGGAGUGACUUUCAGGAAGAUACCACAAGCAUGGAGCCAUCUGUUCAGCAUCCCAGCGAGCUUUUAUUGGUUGUGCAUCUCUAUUUUUGCUCGUAGUCUCCCUUCAAGGAGGCCUUUAGGUGCUGCGCUUGCAAGAACACCUCUGCCCGGGUGCAUGCCCCACUUAGGGCCCAUGAAGCGCGGCCUCUGUGGGAAGGUCUACGCAUUGUGAGGGAAAUGGAGUUUUUGCCCGAUGAAAUGUGCAAGAAAACCAGGCAACAGCUGUCGAAGCACGUGAAAAUCUGAGAAGUUUGCCCUAAAAGUUAAUAAAUUACAAAUGGUUGUUUUAAAUACACUGUUUAUGGGUAGUGCCGCUAAUGCAAUUUUACUAACGAGAAUUAUUUCAUCCCACGCUUCACGACGGUUCGUCGCAGUCUAAAACACGAGGGAAACAAUAAAAUCUGGAGCAUUUAACGUCGUCGUAAAGGAUAAAUGUUGAAAAGAGAAGGAGCUUGAAAACUGUAUUUUGCUGGCAGGUGUCAUUUCAUUUUGUAACACUCUUUCGCACGCAAGUGAAUGUCGUAGGCGAGUGUACGGGCAUAGUGUAAGAGCACUUCUCAGAAAUGUUGUUAUGUUUGGAUAGUAUCCCGUGUUUUUUUCUACGGUAGUGACCGGCAGUACUAUGUAGAACCAUGGGGCAUCUCUCUGAAAAGUCCAGCCUCUACCACCAUUCCCUCCUCUCUGUCAGCAUGGCCAUGUUCCAAAAUUUCCUCCAUCUUUUUCCGGGGUCAGGGCUUUGUACCUUGGCGUUCCAAAACCUACCCACAUCCAGCGGUUUUUCAUCUGUGUUGUCACGUGACACAAUCCGCCAGAGCAACUCGGACCCAUUCGGGUGAGAUUUGGAACACGGCCUAUAGCAUAACCGCCAGUCUAGCUUCCUCAAGAUUUUGGCAUUCUUAUGUCAUGCGGGCCGUACCGGCCGAGACGAGCCGCGUUUCAUGUUGACAUUUCUCCGUGUUGAUUUGUGUCGUAAAUAUUGUAAAAUGUCCAUUUCUUUUCAUGGUCAGUUUGGUGGAAUGCAAAUAAAUUAAUUUUCUGCGCA